CUUCUGCAUAAAAGUGACAGCAAAUGUUCUUUGAAGUGGUUUUUAUACUUUCAUAAUUCUCCUAAAAUAAAAUAAUAUAAUGUAGUAUUGAAAUAAAACUGUAGUUGAUUCACGGAACCAUCUGCCUUUGGUUAAACCAGGAGCGAUGGUCUGCUUGUGGAUUUAUAGUUUCCUCUUUGGUCCUGAGCUGUCCUCUCAUUAAAGGGAACACUGGUGGCCUGAACAGUCGUACUUGCAACCAUGAUGCCUAAACAUUGCUCUCUAGGCUUCCUCAUCAGUUUCCUCCUGACUGGUGUAGCAGGAACUCAGCCAGCCCAUGAGUCUCUGAAGCCUCAGAGGGUACGAUUUCAGUCCCGAAAUUUUCACAACAUUUUGCAAUGGCAGCCUGGGAGGGCGCUUGCCGGCAACAGCACUGUCUAUUUUGUGCAGUACAAAGUGUAUGGACAGAGACAAUGGAAAAAUAAAGAGGACUGCUGGGGUAUUCAAGAACUCUUUUGUGACCUUACCAAUGAAACCUCAGACAUACAGGAACCUUAUUACGGGAGAGUGAAGGCAGCCUCAGCUGGGAGCUACUCAGACUGGAGCCUGACGCCACGGUUCACUCCCUGGUGGGAAACAAAAAUAGAUCCUCCAGUUAUGAAUAUAACUCAAGUCAAUGGAUCGUUGUUGGUAAUUCUCCAUGCUCCAAAUUUACCAUAUAGAUACCAAAAGGAAAAAAAUGUAUCUAUAGAAGAUUACUAUGAAUUAGUAUACCGAGUUUUUAUAAUUAACAAUUCACUAGAAAAGGAGAAAAAGGUUUACGAAGGGACUCACAGAGUUGUUGAAAUUGAAGCUCUAACACCACACUCCAGCUACUGUGUAGUGGCUGAAAUAUAUCAGCCCAUGUUAGACAGAAGUCAGAGAAGUGAAGAGAGAUGUGUGGAAACUCCGUGACUUGUGGGCACUGAACAAUGUGGAAAUGCUCAAGUUCCCUGAGAAUGGGAUGACUCAUGUUUGAAGGAUCUUAUUUAAAGUUGUUUUUGUAUUUUCUUAAAGCAAUAUUCACUGUUAACACCUUGGGGGCUUCUUUGUUUAUCCAUUCUUUCAUCCUUUAUAUUUCAUUUAUAAACUAUAUUUGAGCAACGUUCUCUCCAAAAAUCAAAAUUUUAAAGAUGAGGCAGAGAAUAAAGGGUUCUAUGAAAUCCAGAACUUUAUUUCUGAAUGUAACAUCCCAAAUAACAACUUUCAUUCUUCUAAGGCAGCAAAAUAAAAAUUUAACAACCAAGGAAUAGUAUUUAAGAAAAUGUUGAAAUAAUUUUUUGAAAAUAGCAUUACAGACUGAGGCAGUCCUGAAGCAAUCAUUUUUCACUCUCUUGUUGAGCCAGUUAAAUUGGCAUUGUUACACCAAUUUAAAAUUUCUAUGUGGCUGGGCACAGUGGCCGGGCGGGUGGAUCACCAGGUCAAGAGAUCGAGACCAUCCUGGUCAACAUGGUGAAACCCCAUCUCUACUAAAAAUACAAAAAAUUAGCUGGGCAUGGUGGCGCGUGCCUGUAAUCCCAGCUACUCAGGAGGCUGAGGCAGGAGAAUUGCCUGAACCCAGGAGGCGGAGGUUGCAGUGAGCCAAGAUCGCGCCAUUGCACUCCAGCCUGGGUAACGAGUGAAACUCAGUCUCAAAAAAAAAAAAAAAAAAUUCUAUGUGAAUGAAUAUUUUUCAUAUAUUUCUAUUUUCUAUGAAUAUACUUUUUAUAUGUGUAUUUAUUAUUAUUAAAUAUUUCUACUUAAUGAAUCAAAAUUUUGUUUCAAAUUUCAGUUAAAUAAAAUAGGUUUUGGGCUAAAAAAACUCAUGACUUCUGGAUUGAUAGCUGAAUUAAGACUAUCAACAAUAAGGACGUCUACUCAACACAAUUGUCCCUCAUUUAAAAUAUACAUUAAGAUUUCCUUUUCUAUUUUUGCUUUGUUUAGUUUUUAAUCCUGUCUUAGAAGAAUUUAUCUUUAUUCUCAAAAUUAAAUGUAAUACUUUUUAGCGACAAAGAAAAGACACUCCAUUACUCAACCCUUCUGGCCAAGACUAUCUUGCUUGUGGCACCUUCUUCAUCUCUACCUAGGAGGAUCCCAUGAAUGGUGGUUUAUUGGGAACUGCUGGAGUCAGAGCAGUGAACUCAGCUUGAAGCUGGAAGCACACAGGGGUAGCAGGAGAAGAACUGGUGUUGGUAGAUGCCUACAGAGACUAUAGAGCUAGACCAAGCCCUCCAAACUGGCCCCUCCUGCCCAUCUGCCUCUCCUGAGUAGCAAUCUGGUGGCCUAAGGCUCAGUGUGAUCAACAGAAAGCUGCCUUCUUCACUUGAGACUUAGUCGUUAUAUAUGUUUAAGGUUGUCUUUCUAGUGCAGAGACACAUAUCAGAGAACAUUUAUACAAUUCCCCAUGAAAAUUGCUCCAAAGUGUGAUAACAAUAUAGUUGGUGCUUCCAGUUAUAUACAAGUGCUCAGUGAUGAAUGGAUUAAAACAUAUUCAGAAAUGUAUUAUGGGGUAGGGAAGAAUAAGAGGCAGAGGAGCAAGAGCUAGAGAACUGGUUUCCUUGCUUCCCUGUACGGUCAGAAAACAUCCAUUUGAGCAUAGAUGCAGAGACUGAAAAAAAAAUUUAUUUUGAUCUCUGUUUUUGAAUUCUUAUUAUUUAUGUUUUACUUACUACCUUUUUUGCCUUUUGUGGGGAGGGUGAUGAAUCAAGAGCAGUGGGGUGGGUGGGGAGUAAGUAAAAUUUCAAACAGCAUUUUAGUGAAUGCAAUUCAGGAGUCCUGAAGGCUGACUUUAAAAAAAACAAACUUCAUGUACAGUUUUUUAGUGAAAAUGGUUAGGUAACAUCAGGUUUUGUUCGUAUGUUGUUUGCCUUGCGCUGGUUUUGCUUUUGUGCUUAGGCAGGAACAAAAUAACUCUGUGAAAAUCAUAACUGUCAUCUUCAUUGUGUUGGGGAUAUAUUUUCACACUAUUUCAAUAAAUCCUUUAAUUUUUUGCUUU